AUGACACAGAUCCUUGCCGCCAAACAACAAGGACUUCCUGUCAAAGAUCAUGUGGUUGUAAAAAGCUCCAAGCAUGCCCAGAGGGCGGCAGCAUUCCGCCGUAAACAAAAAGAAGAUGCCAAGCAAUCCAUGGUUGUCCUAUCAAACAAGCCAUGUGUUGGACCAACCGAAGCUGAAGUGAAUGAGUGGCUUGAAGACAAAAGGGAGCAACAAGAGGAAGCUAAUAUAUUCACCAAGCCUUCAACAUAUGGCAUGAGUUCUCUUCCAACGGACAGUCUCCCCACAACUCUUUUAUGUGAAUAUAUUUACUGUUAA